CCCAGCAGGCGGGUCACGUGCCGAGCUGGGCGGGGUGCUUCCUCGGGCCUGCUGCUACACUGGAGCGCGCGAGCGAGCGAGCGAGCGUUCCAUCACGGGCGGCGCUGCUGCUGCCUCGACGUGCGGGCGCGGAGGACGCAGGCGAGGCGCGCCGCCCCCCGCGGGAGGUAGAGGGGGCAGCCUCCGCCCACUGCCCCGGGACGGAUCGCAGGCUCCCCGGCUGGCCCUUAGCGGGCGGCGCUGCCGCCUUCCUCCUCCGGGGUGCGCCCCCUGCCGCCGCCGCCGGUGCUUCCUCCCGCUCCCUCCGCGAGCAUGGGCGAGCCCCUGCCCUCGCUUCCGACCGCCUUCUCUUCCGCAGCCAUGGACGAUCUCCUGCCGUUGAUCUUUCCUCAAAACUGGGGCCUUCAAGAUUCGGCCACCAGCAACACGCCUUUCGUGGAGAUAAUUGAACAGCCUAAGCAGCGCGGCAUGCGAUUCCGUUACCAGUGCGAGGGACGCCUGGCUGGAUCCAUUCCUGGAGAGCGGAGCACAGACACCACCAAGACACACCCCACCAUCAAGAUCCAUAACUAUGUGGGUCCCGGCAAGGUCCGCAUCUCGUUGGUGACCAAGGAGGUCCCUCACCGGCCCCACCCUCAUGACCUCGUGGGGAAAGACUGCCGAGAGGGCUACUAUGAGGCCGAGCUGGCCCCAGAGCGCUCCAUCCACAGCUUCCAGAACCUGGGGAUCCAGUGUGUGCGGAAACGAGACCUCGACAAAGCCGUUUCGAAGCGGAUCGAAACAAGCAACAACCCGUUCAACGUGCCCAUGGAAGAGCUCAAAGCAGACUACGACCUGAAUGCGGUUCGGCUCUGCUUCCAGGUGUGGAUUCGGGAAACGGGCAGCGGGCACUUGGUCCAGCUGCCCCUGGUGAUUUCGCAGCCCAUCUAUGACAACCGCGCUCCCAACACCGCUGAGCUGAAGAUUUGCCGGGUGAACCGUAAUUCCGGGAGCUGUCUGGGCGGAGACGAGAUCUUCCUUCUCUGUGACAAAGUGCAAAAAGAGGACAUUGAAGUCCGCUUCUUCAAGGACUCCUGGGAGGCCAAGGGCUCCUUCUCCCAGGCGGACGUCCACCGCCAGGUGGCCAUCGUCUUCAAGACCCCGCCGUACCUGGACCAGACCCUCCGGGAGCCUGUGACGGUCCAGAUGCAGCUGCGUCGCCCGUCCGACAAGGAAGUCAGUGGGCCCAUGGAGUUCCGCUACCUGCCGGAUGAAGGUGACUUCCACCGCAUCGAAGAGAAACGCAAGCGGACGCUGGGCACCUUCAAGAGCUUCGUGCAGAAAACUCCGUUUGCAGUCGGGGCUCCAGAAUCGCGUCCCCCGCGCCGUAUUGCUGUCCCGAAGCUUGGCCCGAUCCGGCCCAUGAACAGCGGCGUCUCCGGGCUUCUGGGAGCCCCAGGGCAACUCCCGGCCCCCAAGCCUCAGCCCGUGCACCAGCCCUCUCCGGGCUUCUCUUUCCCUGGGCCCAGUCACGGCCCGCCGGCCGCCACCGCGGCGGCGGCGGGCCAACCCGGCUUCAGCACGGUGAACCUGGAAGACCUCUCCGGCCUGGGGGUGGCCCAGAGGGUCCCGCCCUCCGAGCCGGACGCGGAAUCCAGCAUCGCCGACGCCAUCCUCCACCUCCACUUUGAGGGCGCGGACGCCGGCGCCAUGGAGCUGGGGGGCAUCCUGGACGACGACGCCCCCUACACCAGCCUGGAGGGGAUCAACACGGCCGAGUUCCGCCAGCUCCUCACGGAAGGCCCCGGCGGCGCCUCGGCCCUCCCGGAGGGCCACAGCACUCUGCUCACGUACCCAGAAUCCAUCACUCGCCUGGUGAGCCAGCGGCGGGCCGAAGGCGAGCCCGGCGGCGGCGAGCCGGCCGGCGGUUCGGCCCACAGUUUCGUCAACGGCCUUUUGGGGCCCCUCUCGGGCGAGGACAGUUUUACGUCCAUGGUCGACCUGGACUUCAACUCCCUCCUGAACCAGCUGAACUCAUAAGGGGGGGGGCGGUUUUGGGACCACCAGCCCCUCUCCUGGGCUUCGAGGGCUUCCCCCACCCACCCACCCACCCACCCCCCAGCCGCCUACUGGAUUUGCUACUUGCUCUCUCUGCUUGGGGGGUGGUGUUGGUCUCUCGGAUCAGGGCCGUACAGCAAGGGGGGAGAGGCAGGCGGGCGGGCGGGUGGGCUUCUUGGGAGGGAGGGGGGUCUCGUCUUCUCCUGCCCCCCCCCCCACACACACACAACUUGGAUCUGGGCAGCCGAGAAGGGACGGAGCUUUCCGAAUUGGUGUGAACCGGUAAAACUCAAAUCAGUGCCUUCUAGUUUUUUAAUUUUUGUUAAACUUAUUUUGCAGGUUGGUGGGGGGUUUGACACCCCCCCCACACACACACCACCCCCAAAAAGAUACGGAGGGAGCAUGAGAUAGAGAAGUGUUCUGGCUAAACACACUCCACAUCGCCCAAUGGAUGCAGCUCGCAGCCCUAGAGCGUUGCUACAAAGGGGGUGGAAACCCGUCGGCCUUUUCUAGGAAGAUGCCACAGGCUGGUGGGGUCUCCCGGGCCUUGGGUGGGAGGCAGUGGGUUGGCCGAGACCAGAAGGUGCCUUAUCUGUGCGUUCCUCUCUCCCUCCUGAUCACUCUCCUGUGCCUUGUUUUAUACUCUUCGCUGCAAUGUUCGCGUUUCUGUGUGAAGAUAAAUUACCCAGUUAAAUGUUACUAUUACGCCC